UAAGACUCCAAUUUCUUUAAUUUAACACCACGCUAACACCACACCGCUCUUCCAUUCAUCGUCAGCUACUAAUUAGCAGCCGCCGCCAACACCACCAUCUCCUCCUCCAUGGAAAGUUCCAACAGUAGUAAUUUUGCAGCAGAACCAGAAACCAUGGCCACAAUGUCAAGAAAAGAACUGAUGAAUCCCGAAAUGGGUCAAGAAUCUAACAAAGUCACCAUUCGCGUCGUGCGGCACCCGGAGAGCCACAGAAGAAGCAUAAAAACCAGAACCCAUGUGAAAACCAUCUGCGGCGGAGGCGACGGAAGUAGUGGUGGCGGAGAAGACUCCGAUGAGAAAGCUGAGGUUGAUGAAAAGAUAGUGGCAUUGCAGAAAAUAGUACCGGGAGGCGAGUCUCUUUGUGCAGACAAACUGUUUGAAGAAACUGCUGAAUACAUAUUGACAUUGCAAUGCCAAAUUAAAGUCUUGAGUUUUCUUGCUUCUUUUGUUGAAGGUCCUGAGAUAGAGAAGAGAAAGCUUGGUGGUUAGCAAUGGUAAACGUCCAUGUCAAAUACGACUUUCAAAUAAAGUUUCGAAUUAGUGGAUCUUGUCAAACAAAGUGACCAUGCCAUAGGAAAAGAGGAGGACACUCAUCAAAUGGUUCUUGAUGUUUUCAAGUUCCUAUUUUUCUAUUUUUUGUUUUUGUAUUUUUAAUAAGGACCAUUUUUCUUUUUAUUUUCUU